AUGGCACAAUUUGAGCCGGUUACAGACAUGGAGAAGCAUCUAUCUGCCCCUUUGCAGUCUGUGGACGCAGCAGAAGGCAUUAUGAUCGAGACUGGGGCGACCAGACAUAUCGGGAUGCUCGAAAUCGCGUCUGUUGGAUGGUCUAUCUGCAACAGCUGGGUGGGAGUCCUCUCGACCUUAGUCUUUGUCCUAAGCCAAGGUGGGUCUCCAACUCUGAUAUAUGGGCUCUGGGUAGUUUUCAUGAUGUAUGGGUGCAUCGUGUACACACUGUCAGAGCUCACUCGAUUCUAUCCUUCCGCUGGAGGCCAGUAUCACUGGACUGCCAUCUUGGCACCAACGCGCUUUGCUCGCGGCUUGAGCUACUCCUGCGGAAUGAUCAAUAUGUUUUCGUGGGUCGCCAUCACCUCUGGGGUCGCCAUCAUUUUCCCCCAAGGUCUUCUUGCCAUUGUCACGCACUACAACUCCAUGUACCAACUUCAAGCCUGGCAUGUGUUUCUCGUAUAUCAAGGGGUUAAUAUAUUGUGCCUCUUGCAUAAUGUUUUCACGAUCAAUCGCACGAUGUGGGUUUUUAACGCGAUAUUUGCACUUUCGCUGGUUGCUUUUCUAUCGGCCACAGUCACAUGCUGGGCGCGCGCACCCACGCAUCAGUCCCACAAGUCUGUAUGGACAGAUUUUGUCAACAUGAGCGGCUGGGAAGAAGAGGGUGUCGUCUUCCUAAUUGGAACGCUGACGCCAGGCUACAUGUACGCUGGUAUUGACGGUGCAAUACAUCUGGCAGAAGAAGCAGCGAAUGCGACUGAAGCUGUCCCACGAGCUCUUUUGUGUACCUGGCUCAUCGGUUUUGUGACGUCGUUCAUCAUCGCAGUGACAGCGAUGUACACGACUCAGGACUUCUCUGCGGUGGCCUCAACUGUAACAGGGUUCCCGGUUUUCGAGCUUUUCAACCAGGCUAUGCGUUCGGAUGUAGCAGCCGCGGUCUUCGUAUCAUUCUUAGUCGUAGCAGCAGCAGCGGCAGUUGCUGGGUGUCAGCAGACUGCUUCGCGUCUAACGUGGGCUUUCGCACGUGACUCAGGCCUCAUCGCCUCAUCAACAUUAUCCCGCAUGAGUGUGCGUCGUCGAGUCCCAGUGGCAGCAUUGUGCACCAAUUCUGUCGUAGUCGCUAUCAUCGGCUGCCUCUACUUGGGCUCAUCGACCGCAUUCAAUGCGUUCAUUGGCACCGGACUAAUCCUGCAGCUCAUCACCUUUGCAAUACCAGCAGCACUGCUCCUGUUACAAAGAAGACCAGCGAGACUCUUGCCAAAGACACGAACUUUUGGCUUGCCUAGAAUUUCGGGAUGGAUUGCAAACUUUUUCACGGUUGGAUUCGCACUUGUGUGCUUGGUCUUCUACGACUUACCUGCAAUCCUGCCAACUACUGCUUCAAACAUGAAUUAUUCUCCUGCCGUCAUUGGUAUUGUUUGUAUUCUCAUGGCGCUGAAUUGGGUUUUCUGGGCACGUAAACAUUUCAAUGGCCCACGCCUGGCGAAUCUUGAGUGA